AUGACGCCGUCGCGCAACUUUGACAGUGGCAUUGAAAUUGCCAACAGCAACAGCAGCAGCAGCAGCAACAUGUCUGAUCAUGCAAGCGUAGCCGCCAAUAUAGCGGUAAAAGCCGCACAGGUAGCAACAGCUGCAAAUGACGCCCAGUCAAAUGCAGCCGAGUGCGCGGCCAAAGAAGUACGCAUCCAAUUGGCCGAGAAGGCGGUGCAGGCCUCCAAGGCCGUGCAGGCUGUGCUCGAGGGUAAGCGGGCGCUGCUGGAAAAAAUCGAAAAGGAGCUGAACGCCGCCGAUGAUCUCCUGGGCAAGUUGAGAAGCUCGUUGUACAACAGCGAAAAGACCGCCGAGAAGACCGAGUGUGCUGCCAAAAAGGCCGAAGAGGAUCUGGCUCGACUGAGCGAAAUCGUUCAGCUUCUGGGCGGGAACGUGGCCGAUGUGAAUGCGCUCAACGAACAGGCCCAGAACGACUACAGCGACAAGCUUCAAAUGCUAAUGGCCGCCACGGACCGAUCCAAGCGCAUCCAGAAGGACAUCAUCUGCGCCCGCGACGAGUAUCAGCAGGUGAAGGAGGCCGCCUACCAGGCGGCGUGUGCCGCAGUUCAGGCCAAGCAGAAGGCGGCCCGAACUGUCGCUUUCGAUAGCGGCGCUAUUCCGACUGCGCAGUUGCGACGACGUCGACGUCGACAGCAGCAUCCGUUUUGGUCUGAAACCAUAUUCUUUUAG